AUGUUGGACCCUACUGACAACAUGGACGACUUCUACAACGAGACCUCGUCCCCCGUCGUCGUCCAGGCGCCCUCCCUCCCGACUCUCCACUCUGCCGCGCCGUGUCCUUCUUCCCUGCCGGCUGCGGCCGGCGGGCGCGGCAGAAGUGACGGGCCAACUUCUUCCGUCAACGCGACGGCCUGCGGCAAGCCGCGUCUCGACAGCCAGGGAAACGAGGAAUUCCACAAGUCUGGAAACCUUUCCUUCACAGAAACUGCAGGACCACUCACAGUUAGCAGUCGCGCGACCGAGCCUGGGGAAGUGUCCGGGUCGCGGACCAUUCGAGCCGGUGCCGGCCACGCCCGUCCGAAACUCCAAGGCGUUAUUGGAGGGAAACUCGAUGGCUCCGCGGGAAACGCGCUCGGAGGCCAGAAGCGAGCGCAGUUCGCGGUCUCUCAGCUCCACGGCGUCUUGCUCUCCCUGCAACAAGCGCUGCUGUCAAAGGCAGUGCCCUGGCGCGACUUCCUCCACGUGCCAUCCUUCCAGAAGCCUCAGACCGGGGCCAUGGCCGUCGACCGGAUCGAGCGCAACUUGCGCUACUUCUACAUGAACUACGUGGUAAUCUGUGGAGCCCUGACGCUUCUCGCUGCACUCUUGAACCCCGUCAUCCUGGUGGUAGCCGGCCUGUGUGCCGGGGCGUCCGCCUUCGCAGGCCUAAAAGGAGACACUCUCCGCCUCGGCGACACCCUUGUGCCGGUGAAGACUUUUCGACUUGGCUGUUUGGUUGUCGCAGCCCUCACAAUUCUCCUCGUCGCGGGGCACGUGAUGAUGAGUCUCCUGCUGGGGUGUGCGCUCCUGGUGCUUCUCCAUGCGUGCAUGCACGUCGGGGUCUCCUACGAACAGAUUGCUCAAAGGACGGCAGGAGAUGCGGAUUUCGACGUGUGA